AUGAACAACACGGUAACUAUCUGGACCAGGAAGUUCAUGACUAACCGAAUACUUCAGCGGAAACAAAUGAUCAUCGAUGUCCUUCAUCCUGGGAAGGCAACAGUACCUAAGACAGAAAUUCGGGAAAAACUAGCUGAAAUGUACAAGACCACACCAGAUGUCAUCUUUGUGUUUGGAUUCAGAACCCAUUUUGGUGGUGACAAGACAACUGGCUUUGGCAUGAUUUAUGAUUCCUUGGAUUAUGUGAAGAAGGAUGAGCCCAAACACAGGCUUGCAAGACAUGGCCUGUACGAGAAGAAAAAUACCUCAAGAAAACAGCGAAAGGAACGCAAGAACAGAAUGAAGAAAGUCAGGGGGACUGCAAAGGACAAUGUUGGUGCUGGCAGAAAGAAACGAAGUGUCUAGCAGUGAGCUGGAGAUUGGGCAGCAGAAGGAAUAAAGACUCUGCUGUGACUGUGUCUUUGGUGAUUGUGCAGAUUA